GCUGACUAAAGAGCACCUUUUCAAUCACUGAACAGCCAAUCAGGUUUUUAUGCUUCAUGAAGAGAAACUAUCUUUCUAGUCGGAAUAGAGAGACUUGAUUUAUUUUUUCAAGUGGUUAAAUUUCUAACUUUCUUAUCUGAUGAAGACGAACGAACUCACUAUCACCUCUUAAAAUUCUUUCUAGAAAACGGGUUAACGUCUUAACUACAAUAAAUGUCAGUCCUGUAUUCCUUCCUAUGUAAGGUCAUGGAUAUAUUUUGUAGAAUAGUUCUUGCAGAUGAUUUUAAAUCCUCAAUGAGUAUGCCUUCUAAACUAUUACUCUUAAAUGAGUUUGAUUCUGAUAUUUUGAAUGCAUAUUAUUACUUUCUAGUUAAACUCUCGAUUGCUAGAUUUCAAAACUCUUUAUACAUACGUCUGUUAUCAAUCAAUCGUCCAGAAGUUGUAUUCAUUAUCUUAGGUUGUUUCUGUUCAAUUAUAUCAGGACUAUUACAGCCAGCUUUUGCUUUACUUUAUGCUGAAGUUUAUCAGGUGUUCAGCCUUCGCAGUGAUCCCAAUCAAAUGACAAGAAGGAUAAAUAUGAUUUCUUCUAUUAUGGGUGGCUUAGGAGCUAUACAAUUUUUAGUUGGUAUUACUCAGGGUUAUUUAUUUGGAGUUUCUGGAGAACGUUUAACUAAACGUUUACGAUCAAACCUUUUUGAAUCUAUGUUAAAACAGGAAAUUGGAUGGUUUGAUAAAGCUGAAAAUCAAGCUGGUGCAUUGACUGCAUUUCUAUCAACAGAUGCUUCAAAAGUUGCUCAAAUUAGUGGAUCAAGAUUGAGUACAGCUUUAGAGGCUAUGGUUUUAAUUUUUGCUUGUUUAAUCAUUGGAUUCAUAUAUAGUUGGCAGUUAACAUUGGUAAUGAUUCCUUUUGUACCAGCGCUUCUGUUGUCUACACGUGUACAAAUGAGAACUGCUCGAUCAAAAACGAAAGAUGUCAAAAUGACGAAAGCAUUGUGCAUUGCUAAAGAGUCGAUCAGCGCUAAUCGUACAGUGACAAGUUUAUCAUUAGAAGACUAUUUUUACAAACGUUUUGAAUCAGCGUGUAAAGAAGAUUUUAAAUCACAAAUGAAAGAGAAUGUUGGUUUAGCUGUUGUUCAAUCAUUCGCUUUAUGUGGCCCCGUUCUUAGUUUAUGCGCAUGUUUUGCAUUGGGAAUUUAUUUAACACAACACAAUACUGUUUCGAUAGUAUCAUUAUUCAAAGUCUAUAUCACAUUCAGUAUGUGUUCACAAGCGCUUGGCCGAAUAACCGCCUUCACCACAGACACAAAAACAGCUGAAGAAGCUAUGAAACGUAUAUUCACUGUUGUAGAUCGUGUACCAGCUAUACCAACUAAUGAAGGUUAUGAGCCUAAAGAGAAAUUUAAAGGUCUUAUUGAAUUUAAACACGUGAAUUUCAGGUAUCCAACACGACCUGGAGUAAAAGUGAUUAAGAACUUUUCUCAUCGUAUUAAACCUGGAACAAAAGUUGCAAUAGUUGGUCAAUCAGGUUGUGGUAAAUCAACUCUAAUCCAAUUAUUACAACGUUUCUAUGAUCCAUCUGAUCAUGGUCAAGAGAAUGGAAUAUUUUUUGAUGGAAUGAAUAUUCGUCAGUUAGCACCAUAUUGGAUAAGAAGACAAAUUGGGAUUGUUUCACAAGAAUCUAUACUUUUCAACUUGAGUCUACGUGAAAAUAUCGCUUAUGGUGAUAAUAACCGAAAUGUAUCAAUGGAUGAGAUUAUAGAAGCAGCAAAAUUAGCAAAUAUACAUGAUUUUAUAUUAUCUUUACCUGAUGCAUACAAUACUCUAGCAGGUCAAGAUGGUUCUCAAUUAUCUGGUGGGCAAAAACAACGUAUUGCUAUUGCACGUGCAUUAAUCAGAAAGCCAACUUUAUUAUUACUUGAUGAAGCAACAUCAGCUUUGGAUAAUGAAAAUCAACGUUUAGUACAGAAAGCAUUGAAUGAUGCAAUGUUAACACGUACUGCUGUUGUUGUAGCCCAUCGAUUAAGUACAAUUGAAAAUGUUGAUUUAAUUAUUUGCUUAGCUAAUGGACGUGUUAAUGAAUAUGGAAAAAUAGAUGAAUUACUUGCAAAAAAAGGCGAAUUUUAUAAUUUAUAUAAAUCAUCAGACGAUAAAUGAAUAGAAAGAAAAUGAAGUAAUCAAUACAUUGUCGAUAUUCAUAAUCAGAAAAAAUUUUCCAAAAAAGGUUUUUACUACUUAAUUGCAUAUAAACAGAGUGUCCAGUACGUAUUAAAAUUAAACAUUAUUUUGUUUAUUAUUAAAUCAUCUUUUAAUUUUCUUGAUUACACUUUAUUCUUCUUCUCUAGAACAUAUACAAAACACACAUUCAAAAAUACAACUGCCUAUACAUUUAUAUAUCAUUCUUCUUCCCCUCAAACGAUAUUCCGUUAUUGUAAGACAAUUAUUCAAUGAUUAUAUAAAAAAAAUUACAUUAUGCAGAUAUUUCUACAUUUUGUUUAUUUGUCAUGAAUGAAUUAGUGGUGAGCCAUCAUUAAGUCAUUGUGUCCUUGAGGCAACCAAUCAGAAGUAUUUUGACGGAAAAUCGUAUCCAAAUUCUUCAAUAUAUUCAAAAUGACAUUGAACGUUGACUAGUAACUCAUUUUACAAACAAGACGAGUGUCGUUUAAAAUAUCAGUACAAAAGUGUCAGCAUUAAGAAUAAUGACUAGGAUAAAAAAUUUAUAACUGCGUAUUUCUAUCAUACAUGAAUACUAGAAAAGUGUAUUGAGCUGUAAAAAAGCUGAAAUAAUAAGCCUG